GCAAAGAUCCUCCUUCUGGUUGGGCGGGGAGAGUUUUAAAGGCAGAGGAGCCCUUAAGCCGGAGUGACUAGUCAGUGCGCAGCCCCGUGCAAAGCGAUUGCUGUCUGACUCUCAUGGAUUUGUUGGAGGUGAACUAACAUAAGGUUGCGCUGGAAAUUUGAUUUAUUUCAGAGGGGUGGAAUAGGAGUUACUCUGCGAAGGAUUCUACUGUAAUCCCCCCCCCGCCCUUUUUAUCUUGUUUCCGAGCAACUAGCACCAUUCCUCCCUCUCUCCCCAGCCCACCCCUGAUUUUCUAGGCUGAAUUCUAGCUAUUACUCCGCCUUACACAGGAGGCUUCCACAAGCUAGUACAAAAGACCCCCCCCCCCCCGCCCCUGGUCCCAACUCACGCAAAUCCAGGUCCUUAUUUGGGACCCUCCCCCCCCAAGCCUUAAAGACCCCCCCCGCAAAAAAAAAAACCCUUAAGGUUUUGCUGGAAAGGUCAUACAAGCCUUCCAUUCUACAAAAGAGCGCAUCUGUUGCUAGGGAAGCCCCUGUUGCGCUUUCUGGCGGUUGCUAGGUAACUCCCAAGCGGUUGCAACGUCGGUCCAUCCUUCAUUGUCGCCAGGGGGAUCUCACCCCUAGCCCCAAAUUGUUGCUCCGAGGAUUCCCAAGUUGUCACAAUUGCAAGAUUUCCCCCUCUCAGCCACAACACGCAUGGGACCCCAGGCAAGCUAGGGUUCCCACGACCAUUCCCAGACCCGCAUCUUUGGCUUUGCUCUGCAUUUUUGGGACGAGAGGAAUCCCACGUUGCUGACUUGCUCAGUCAUGCCUGGAGAGAAUAUGCACAGUUCCUCCAAAGAAGUGGUGAACUUGACACAAUCCCUCAUUGCACGGAGGAACCUCUUUGUUCCAGUGGAGUCCCCAGAAAGCAUAUCCCAAGCCAUGAUGUCUCUUCAGGUCCUCCGACUAGACAGGGAGAGAAUCAAUUCCAUUCCAAACUUGCAAGGUUUAGAACAGAUCCACAGCAUCUACCUGCAACAGAACCAAAUAGGAAAAAUUGAAAACCUGAGCUGCUUUCCCAACUUGAAAUUCCUCUCCCUAGCCGGGAAUCUCAUCAGCAGAGUGGAAAAUCUCCAGGACCUCUUGAAGCUGCAAUUUCUGGAUCUUUCAUACAAUCUCAUUGAGUCUCUGGACACAGAUGAGUUGCCCCGGAGCCUCCUAGUUCUUGAUUUGACAGGAAAUAAAUGCACCAAUCAGAAUGGCUACAGGGAAUCCAUUUUGGCAGCCCUGCCUCACCUGGUGGAACUGGAUGCCCAGCGUGUCCCCAAUCGAAAGUCCUCUAUCCGAGACAGAGAAGAAGCAGAAGAAAGUUCAGAAGACAGCGAUGAGGAUAUUCCAGAGCUCUCUCAGCCUCUGAGUGCAGAAAAAGACUUCUUUGUUGGCCUCCACAAUGAACUUACCAGUCGCUCAGAAAAGAGAAGGCAGGAGGCCCUCAGUGAGCACGAAGCCCAUCUCGAGGAGCUGAACCAACACCAGAACUUGAGGCAACUGCUGCUUAAUGCCAGCCCCCGGGCCCCAGGUCCACCUGAACUUGAAACCUCAACCUUGGAGCCUCCUGAAUUCCAAAGUGAGAGCCAUGCUGCACCCAGCCCAUCUUUAAAAACAGGAUUGAGUAUGUCAAAGUGGGAGGCCAAGGCCAGGAGCCAGAUUGAGGUGAAAACUCCAAAAGGAGAAGUAUCUGGUAAAGCUAAAUGUGUGGGAAAAGCAAAGAAAUGAUCUUUGUGCCAUGAAAAAACAACACACUUCACCAACUAUCUUUAUUCAGCCCAUUAGUGGAGUACAGACCACAUAUUUGACAAGCAGAUGGGUUACUGUCCGUCUUUAUUUACCAAGGCCUGCCAGCGGAAGGGUAGGGGGAGGAAUCUUGCUGCCCUGAAAUAGAAGCCCAGCAGAUGACUUGUGUUCUAACUGCUAACUAUUCAGAAAAAGGUGGGGACAUUGAGACCGAACCCUAGUAGAGUUACAGUUGCUUUUUUCUAGUGAAAUGUCAAGCCAUGUGGUUUGCUGUGCCUGCUGAAAUCGGGAUUUGUCUGCGCUAGAAAUAUAAACUGAACCAAA